GACACAAUCACCCGCCUCUAUCCACUCUCUUUCCGAAGGGAAAACCCAAAAAAACAAAAAAAACUACAAUCAUGCCCCCAAUCCGCACCAGUCGAAACCGCAAACCACCUCCAGAAGGUUUCGAUGACAUCGAAGACACCCUACUAGAAUUUGCCAACAAGAUGAAGGAUGGUAAGUAAACCUUCCACCCCCACCCCUUCCAUCACCUCAACUAACACGACCAUGAUUACAAUCUUCAGCGGAAAACGCCCCUCACGAAGGCAAGCGCAAAAACGAGAGCACCUGGGCCAUCUUCCAGAUCGCGCACCAGCGCUCACGCUACGUAUACGACCUCUACUAUGACAAGGAGGCCAUCGGCAAGGACCUCUACAACUGGCUGCUCAAGAACGGCUACGGCGACGCGAACCUCAUCGCCAAGUGGAAGAAGCAGGGGUAUGAGAAGUUGUGCUGUCUGCGCUGUAUACAGGCUAAGGAGAAUAAUUUUAACGCCACUUGCAUUUGUCGCGUGCCGAAGGCUAGGUUGGGGAAGGAACAGGUGGUCGAGUGCGUGAGUUGCGGGUGUCGGGGGUGUGCUUCCGGGGAUUAGAGAGAGAGAGAGCGCGGGGGGAUGGUGGGGAAUGUAAUGUAUCUUAUAGUUCUUCUUUUAUUUACUUUUCUUAUACGAUAUGGUUGGUAGGAUACAUUCUUGGGUUCAUCCUGAAA